UCUCCCUCCUCUUCUCUGGUAGGUCCACAAUGGUUGUACAGCCAGCAUCUUACAACACAAUGGUUGCAAUACGGUGAACGGGGAGUGAUUCAGCAUUGCAAUCUCGAUUUCUAGGGUAUUCUUCAUCCAUCGCUGGGUUUUUCUUUCUUUCUAGUUAUCUCCAUCUUCACGUUUAUUAUUCUGUGCGUGUAAAAGUCGUUAAAUGUCUCCCGUCGGAAUGUUUUGAACAGAACUGUCACCGGACUAGGAUCGUCGUCAGCUGGCACGGAAUGGUAUUUAUGAGGAGGGAUUUCUUCUAUUACUGCAGUGAAACCUGUCCUGGAUGUGAAAAUAGCUUUUGUCAGGUGUGUGUUCCUUACAGGUAAAAUAAGGGUUUUGGUAAACAAUUGGAUGUGUCAUAUAUCGGCAAACACUACAACAUGUCUAAAAGCAAAGUGGACAACCAGUUCUACAGCGUGGAAGUAGGAGAUUCCACCUUCACAGUUCUCAAACGCUACCAGAAUCUAAAACCCAUCGGUUCUGGAGCUCAGGGAAUUGUCUGUGCCGGGUACGAUGCGGUCCUCGACAGGAACGUGGCCAUCAAGAAGCUCAGCAGACCCUUUCAGAACCAGACCCAUGCCAAGAGGGCAUACAGGGAACUGGUGCUCAUGAAAUGUGUCAAUCACAAAAACAUCAUCAGUUUAUUAAAUGUUUUCACACCACAGAAAUCAUUAGAAGACUUCCAGGAUGUGUACCUGUGUAUGGAGCUGAUGGAUGCCAACCUGUGCCAGGUGAUCCAGAUGGAGCUGGACCAUGAGAGAAUGUCUUACCUGCUCUACCAGAUGCUGUGUGGAAUCAAACACCUGCACUCCGCUGGCAUCAUUCACAGGGACCUGAAACCUAGCAAUAUAGUGGUGAAAUCUGAUUGUACGCUGAAGAUCCUGGACUUUGGCUUGGCUAGGACUGCAGGCACCAGCUUCAUGAUGACCCCGUACGUGGUGACGCGGUACUACAGAGCCCCAGAGGUCAUCCUGGGCAUGGGGUACAAAGAAAACGUGGAUAUAUGGUCGGUGGGGUGCAUUAUGGGAGAAAUGGUGCGUCACAAAAUUCUGUUCCCUGGCCGGGACUAUAUUGACCAAUGGAAUAAGGUGAUUGAGCAGCUGGGCACGCCUGCUCCAGAGUUUAUGAAGAAGCUGCAGCCCACCGUCCGUAACUAUGUAGAGAACAGGCCCAAAUACGCAGGCCUCACCUUCCCCAAGCUCUUCCCCGACUGCCUCUUCCCCGCAGACUCAGAGCACAACAAACUCAAAGCCAGCCAGGCCAGAGACCUGUUGUGUAAGAUGUUGAUUAUUGAUCCAGCCAAGCGGAUACAAGUGGACGAAGCCUUACAGCACCCCUACAUCAACGUUUGGUACGACCCAGCCGAGGUGGAGGCGGCCAGGGAUCUCGUCCAAAUAUCAAUGCCGCCUCCUGCUAUCUACGACAAGCAGCUGGAUGAGAGAGAACACUCCAUCGAUGAAUGGAAAGAACUAAUCUACAAAGAGGUGAUGAACUUUGAGGAGAGGACGAAGAACGGGGUGGUGAAGGGACAGCCCUCUACCUCAGGUGCAGCCGUGAACAGCAGUGGUGAGAGCCUCCCUUCCCCCUCCGUCAACGAUAUCUCCUCCAUGUCCACCGACCAGACCCUGGCCUCAGACACCGACAGCAGCCUGGAGACCUCUGCAGGACCCCUGGGUUGUUGCAGGUGACUAGCAGCCUGCCUGCGCAACCCUAUGUUCUUCAGAAGGUGAAACACAAUGGCCAAACAACCCAACCAACCUACCUACCAACCACUACCAAUCGAAAACCUAAAAAAGAACAAAACUGAUUAAAAGAGAAAAAAAUUAUGAUAUGAAUGGGAUGAUUAAGGAAACAUAAAGUAUUUACUAUAAGAAUCACGAUUAUAAAAUUUAAGCCUGCAUUUUCAUUCAAAAAGAAAUCACAAAAGUAUAACGAAAAAACUAAAAUAAACUAAAGUGAAAUAUAUUUAUUAACUUCUAGUUGCUUUACUUAUAUCUCCCCCCUUAUAUGGCAUCAUAAAAAAAAAACACAAAAAGCUUAGACAGGCAUCUUUCUGUAAAGUGUCAUUAAAACUGGCUGUUCAUUCCCACAAUACCUUGCAAGCGUCUGUGCUUCAGUCACUGUGGCAAGGUGUGCUUUUUUUAAUCAUUACUGCACAGUACUAUAUAAACCUCCCUUCACUUUCCCCAUCACCUUAUGUGACGGUACUGGUAUGUUUUGAUAACGUCUAGGCUUGAUCCUGGGGUUGUCUCCUGUAUGGGUGUGACGGUACUGGUGUGUUUUGAUAACGUCUAGGCUUGAUCCUGGGGUUGUCUCCUGUAUGGGUGUGACAGAUAGGUGUGUUUUGAAUACUGUUAUUUCUGCAGGGGUUAGUGCUAGUGUUCCACACAGCACAGCGCCCCCUGUCUUCUGUAAAUAUAUAAUUCUGUACAGCAGCGAGCUAGGCACACAGACAGACAGACAGACAGAGUGGGACUGAUGGCCAGUACUGGAAGUUCUUCUAUAGCGCACCUUGCCACAUGACAUCACCGCCUUGACUUUUGUCCCCUUAACCUUUGCCCCUUGACCUUUCACCUUAGUUUAACCCCUUGCCUGUUAGACCUGCUGCAUGAUUACAAAAGCUAACUCUAAUUAUAUGAUAAAUGACUAUAGAUACUUUUGUUUAUAUAACAUAAGUAAUUGAACUUUUCAACCGGAGUGGUGCUGAAACCCAGGGAUGGGGGAGCUCUAGUUAAUGAUGGAUAGCUAUAUAUAUAUAUAUUAACAUACAUACUGUGAGUGAUUGGCUGCAGGAGAAGCCAUUGGGACGUACAGUACUAUCACUGUCAUCGCUGAGUAGGAUUGGGGUCAAUUCCAUUUCAAUUCAGUCAAUUCAGAAAGUCAACUGAAAUUCCAAUUCUAAUUCCAUAUUUUCAUCAUUGAAACACGUUCAGGAAGAUUGGAAUUUGGAACUGAAUUUUUCAAUUGACUUCCUGAAUUGACUGAAUUGAAAUGGGACUGACCCCAAACUUGUCGCUGAGCUGGAACCUUAAGUUCUCAUUUCUUUUUUGUGUUUUUGUUGAAAUGAAAUGAUAAAAUCCCUUCUGACUGCACCCCUGCACCACACCCACAGCCUGUCAUUCCAAAUGUCACCUACCCACCAACCAGGGUGGUCACUCACUCUGUUUCUGUGUCACUACUGUGGAGUAAAGAAGAGGAGAGAAGGAGACUUAUAUGUGUGUGUUACUAUCUGAAGAACGCUUUGGGGGAAGGGGGGGGGGGGAGAUCAAGAGGUUACCUCAUAGAAUAGUUUAGUUCCUCAAUCGCAUCUGUCAUUUACAUUUAAAUGACUACUACUUACUGUAAUGACUACUACUUACUUACUGUAAUGACUACUUACUUACUGUAAUGACUACUGCUUACUGUAAAGACUA